CAUCUCCUCUCUGUGCUCACGAUCUGACAUUGAAAAUUAUUCCAUUGCACUUUCGACGGAGUUUUUUAAUUUCUGGUUUGUAAAAUCGUCUGAGGAGUGGAAAACAAUUGGAAGAACGCUGAGCUAUCUCCCAAGAACGUUUCCUGUUUCUCCCGUCUAAUGUUUCCUCAAGUCAGGCAGAUUGGAGCGAUCUAUCAAAUUCCUCCGGCUAUAGAUUCUUUGCAGUGGUGUAAAGUAUUACCCGAUGGAGAAAACGCGACGUUCUCUGCGACCUCCCCCGAUGACGUCGAUUUCGACCGUCUCGUUCCCACUCUGUUCGAAUGCUUCGCGGUCGUGUUCUGCGGGUUUCUGGCCGGCCGAUGUAACCUGAUCUCCCGCAACGACAUCAAAGGACUGAACGACUUCACGACAUACUUCACUCUACCUCCCCUUAUAUUCCUCAACUUGGUGACCAUCAACUUCCAGGAUGUCAACUGGCUCUUCGUGCUGGGCAUCCUGCUUGGGAAGUUGGUCAUCUUCCUCCUGGUAGCCCUUACCACUGCCUCUGUGCACAGGCCCACCAACCUCUCGUACGCUGGACUGUACGGCAUCUUUUGCACGCAAGGGAACGACUUCGGACUUGCGUAUCCAAUCAUUGCAUCUCUGUAUGGCAGCAAACGGCCACUGUAUCCAGGAUACAUGUACCUCAUUGCACCGACAUCUCUACUGUUCCUCAAUCCACUGGGAUUCAUUCUGAUGGAAGCCCAGAAAAACAGAGAUGCCGAUUUCGAUCCCAAGGACCGAGUGUUCAGUUCCUGCUUUAAAACCGUCGGCAGUGUGAGCUGGAAUAUUAUCAGAAAUCCGAUCGUCUUUGUUACACUUCUGGGGGUGUUCGGGAAUUUCAUCUUCAGCUCUGGAUUGCCAAACAUUAUGUUUGGAAUACUACAGAUUUUAUCUUCAGCGUUUUCUGCUUCCGUUCUGUUCCUCCUGGGAUUUUCCGUGGCGGGAACUGGAGAGUCUAAAUAUUCCAAGAAAGAAGGUUUACUCAUCCCAUCCGUGCUUCUCAUUACAAAAAUGUUGGUCUCACCGUUGAUCACUCGCAGCUGUGUAACAGCCCUUUGUUCAACUGCCACGGACGUCGAGGACCUGGCCGACUACGGGUUCCUGUACGGGAUGGUCCCCACGGGACCCAUAGUCAUGCUCUUCGCGGCAGAGUACGGCCUCAGGACAGAAAUGCUGGCGUCCACUAUGGUCCUGUGCACCGGACUCUUCGGGCCAGUCGUGUUCAUAUUGGCCCGGAUGCUGUCACUGAAAGUGAGAGGAAUUGAAGAAUUUGCAGACGAGCUUCAGAUGACCAUGUUAGUCUUGAGCAUUAUGAGCUUCCUGUCUUGCCUGUGGAUAGGUCUCUGUUUCCUCAUCAGCGGAAAAACGAAGCGACAAAUCUACAAAGUUACCGGCUGUUUGAUGAUUUCGCAGGUCAUCCUCUCUCUGGGUAUCUUCACGUGGUCCGUCUGCCUGAGCACAGACGAGUGGAUGAUGUACGUGAAGGUGACCCUGAUCGCGGGAGGACAGAUCAUGUCGCGUGUCUGGACAGCUGUCCUCGCCGUGACGAUGGUUUACCUGCGGAAAGGACCCUCGUCCCCUUUCGCCAAGAGCCUCUUCUGGCCAUCCAGCAUAGGAUUCGGAUUUCCUGUUCUGAUCGUCAUAAUGAUUCUGAUAGUGACAGGCAUUGGGCAGUGUGAACCAGAGUUAGACAAAGAGUUACCACUCUUUAUCUACGGAACGACAGAGGCUCUAGGCUCGCUGGUUGUUCUGAUUAUUUGUUUGGCUACGACCAGUAUCUGCCUGAUUUUAUACUACCGUGUUCCGUCACACAGACUGCUGGAAGAAGACGAGAAGUCUUCAAUUGACAAGAGCACAGACAAGAUGAACGGUGAAGUCCACAUCGCCAUUGACUUCCACCCAGAGACGACGCUUGACAAGGACCUUGCCGACAGCACAGGCAUCGCCAUUUACAAGCUAACAAAAUCGAAUUCAGAUCCGGCCAUACCUGAAUCCGCUCCAUUUCCUCAUCUGCAUCCGUCUACUAAAGUAGAUGAUACGUCUAAAAAGGUUCUGAAGAAGGUGUGCAACUCCCUCAACAGAUCUGAGACGUCGUUCAGCGAGAAACACCUGUUGUCAUCGUCGAGCGCAGAGUCCUCCCCAAACUCCUCCCCCACGCACAGUUCUACAGCGUCUAUCAAAAGCGCCAAAAACGACGAGACGUCAGCGCAUCUCCGACAUGUCAUACUUCUCAUACUUUGCUGCAUAUCGAUGGCUGUGGGAUUGACGAUUAGCACAUGGAAACUAUCGACGAAUCAACCCAACGGCCUAUUCGUGGCAAUGGAAUUUCUUGAUGCUGUCCUAAAUGUCGGACAGGGCGUUUUCGCUUUCCUCGUCUUCUUCAAAGACGGCAAAUACAUCUUAAAUCCAUUGGGGAGGUGCUUGAGGAGGGUGCGCAGCGGUUUUUAUUCGAUCAGUGAACCACAGGACUGUAUUGAUGCAGAGGAUCGACAGCUGUGCAGUCAGUUCCUCUCAUACCACUACAGCAACUGCGUACGCGACCUACCGAAGACGAAUAUGAAAAAUAACUCUUCCUACAAGGAAUGCUUCACGGGCACAGAGUUCGUAGAUUGGCUGAUCAAAGUUGGACUCGCCAACCACAGAACUUCAGCAGAGAAUUACGGCCAACGUUUAUUCAGGGGGACAACACUCAUAAGUGUGGAUGGAGCAGUCCAGUUUCACGACAACAAUGCUUAUUUAUAUAAACUGACCCUUGGAAAUGAUAAACUCCAGUGACUAUAAUUUUUUCGAAAACAUUCUGUAUAUAUUUUGUACAUUUUUUGUGGACGCUGCACAAUUCAUAAGUGUAAUUUAAUAUUCAUGUGUAAUUACAAUAAAGUAAA